AUGUCAUCAGUUAACCACGUCACCACGUCAUCAGUUAAUAGGAGAUUUAAUAGUCAGACUAACGGAUGGGUUGUCGAAGUUUUGAAGGCAGCCCUUUCUGAAGACAAGGCAAAGCUUAACCCUAAAAAAGACAAGGCAAACCCUAGCCCUGAAGAAGACAAGGCAAACCCCGACCCUGAAGAAGAUAAGGCAAACACUGGCCCUAAAGAAGACAAGACAAACCUUGACCAUGAAGAAGACAAGGCAAACACUGGCCCUAAAGAAGACAAGGCAAACCCUGAACCUGAAGAAGACAAGGCAAACACUGGCCCUAAAGAAGAGAAGGCAAACCCUGAAACUGAAGAAGACAAGGAAAACCCUGGCCUUGAAGAAGACAAGGCAAAUCCCGACCUUGGCCCUAAAGAAGACAAGGUAAACCCUGACCCUGAAGAAGACAAUGCCAACCCUGGCCUUGAAGAAGACAAGGCAAAUCCCGACCUUGGCCUUGAAGAAGACAAUGCAGACCCUGGCCCUGAAGAAGAUAAGGCAAACCCUGACCCUGAAGAAGAUAAGGCAAACCCUAACCUCAAAUAA